AUGGCUUCACUGCAAGAGAAAAUAGCAUUCUUCGACCAACUGAAGCCGCUCUACAGCGAUGACGAGUUCGAUGCGAAUGAGCAGACGGAGAGGAAGCGCUGUCGCAAGUUCUUCAGCGCCAGGCCCGUCUCCAAAUCUUCGAGUCGCGAGGAGCCUAUCGUGCUGGACCUGACGGGCGAUGAGUCUCAACAGACGAGGGUCACACCUAGAAGAAUCUCAUCGGCUCCGACGAUAGAGCUUACCGGGAGCUCCAAGGUCAUCAAAGGCACACCGAUGACAACGACAGGCCAGAAGAACAGACUUGAUACUCUAUUGAACCAACACAGCGCUGGGGCUAUCCUAGUCGACGAUACACCUAUCCCCGAAUCCGCGCGACCAGUCCAGAAAGGCCUCCUUAGGGGUGGUUCUACGCCGCUGUUCCCAUCUAGGCGGCACCUGGGCCAGGCGAAAGACGACUCUCCGUCGGCAAACAUCUCAAUGAGGAAGCGAAAGCGAGAGCCGUUGCUCAAGCUCCGCCCCGAAAGCGAGCAGAUCUUCAAGGACCUCACAUUCUUCUACGUCCCCGAUGAUGACGUUGCACCGGCUCGUCGGCUGCGCAUAACAAAGGCCCGCGAGUUUGGUGCGACAUGGGUGAGGGCGCCGCGCAUCGCAACGCAUAUCAUCGUCGAUAAGCACAUUCAGUUCAAGGACCUCGAGGGGAUUCUGAAGGGUAUCAACAAGAACCUCCCACCCAAGGUGGUCAACGAGGACUAUCCGAUCGACUGUAUUCAGUUCAAGGCGCUUCUUGUGCAUAGCCAGAAGAAAUACCAGCUCGUGGGCCAACCUGUGAUCCAGGAGGAGGACAAGGUCUCUACUACGCCAUCGAGCUCUGAGGAGUCCAUUCAGUCAUUACAGAUCAAACCAGCUCACAAAAACCCAAAGAGAUGGGAUUAUAUCCCUCCCGGAAGCACGCCGGACAUGAGUGGAGAGUCUUCACGUCCAAGUCAAGUCUCUGAAACACCUAUUCCAACGGACUCACAACCAGUCAUUCUCGAUCUCGAACCCAUGGUAUCCUCUCCGAAACAGGCUUCGGAUGAUGACCUAGAGUCUUCUGGCAGGGCGAUUCAAGAUAAUUCGGCAGGUGCUCUAGGGACCAGAAAGAGUCGGAUGAAUGAUGCAGAACAACCUCAAAAGAUCAUUGACCACAAGGAUGAGUUAUCCGAUUACAUCAAACUAAUGAUGGAGUACAAGGACCUCCCGUUAGAUGUCGACGAAGACGACAACCAUACUGUGAUAGAGAUGGGCGAUACUGGAUCAGACGAGCACCAUCUUUCAGGCUCAGAAGACGAGAAAGCUCAAAGGCGCAAGUCACGGAGAAAGACACGAUCUGGUCGCAAAGAACUCGCUUUUCAAGAUCGGUUCGCCUGCAACUCAGCUGGGGCAAAGGAUGCGAAAGCGGGGAAUCCAAAUGCCCGCACCAUCGAAGUGCUCCAAUCCAUGGCUGACUACUACGAUCAGAUCAACGAUCAUUGGCGCACGACCGCCUACCGCAAGGUCAUCAGCACUCUGAAGCGUCAAGAGACCAAGGUGACGACGGCAGAAGAAGCGCAGCGACUCCCCAGCGUCGGGGCACGUCUAGCACAGAAGGUUGAAGAGAUUGUCACGACAGACCGACUGCGGCGGCUUGAAUACGCUCAGAAGGAACCGAUGGACGAGGCGUUACAGUUGUUUCUUGGAAUCUACGGCGUUGGCACCAGCCAGGCCCAGCAAUGGCUUGCUCAGGGAUUCAGAACUCUUGACGAUCUCAAGACCAAGGCAAAGCUCUCACCCAAUCAAUUACUUGGCAUCGAACACUACCAUGAUCUCAACACCAGGAUCCCGCGGCGUGAAGUGGAAGCUCUGGGUACAGUGGUGCGGAAAGGCGCCCAGCAGGUUGAUCCAAACGUUGAGCUCAUCAUCGGUGGGAGCUACAGGCGGGGAGCAGAAACAUCAGGCGAUAUCGACUUUAUCAUUACGAAGCCAAACACAGACUCAUCGUCAGAGUUGAGACCGUUUCUUGACGACCUUGUCCAUCGUCUUGAAGCCGAGGGUUUUCUCGUCGCGAGGCUGGCUUCGUCGAGGUCAGCCAGCGACGGCAGCAAGUGGCAUGGCUGCUGCGUAUUGCCCAAGAUCAGCGGCUUCAACGAUGAAAACUACCGGCCCAUCUGGCGACGCAUCGAUUUCCUGCUGGUGCCUGAGACAGAGAUAGGAGCAGCUCUGUUGUACUUUACGGGCAACGACAUAUUCAACCGCAGCAUUCGACUCCUGGCGUCCAAAAAGGGAAUGCGACUGAACCAGCGCGGCUUGUACAAGGACGCAAUGCGUGGGCCGCAGCGAGUAAAGGUCACAGAGGGAGAACUUGUCGAAGGACGUGAUGAGAGGAGGAUAUUUGAGAUUCUGGGGGUCAAGUGGCGGGAACCUCACGAACGGUGGUGCUAA